GCGGCCGUCCCGCCUACGUGACUUGGGGCAGAGCCGACGUUCACGGGCUUUGCUGGGCGUAUAUAACGCGGAGAGCACGCUGCCCCGGCGCUGGUGCCCUUCAGCAGCGCUGCCGGUCCUUUGCUCCGCCAGGUCCGUAGCUGCAGCGAGGAUGAACGCGAGCUUCUUCCAGAUACUAAAAGCGAAAAAAGAACUCAUUCCCCUGGUUGGAGUGGUGUCCUUUGCAGCAGUUGGGGCGCUCUCUUUUUCUGCCUAUUCCAUAUUCAGCAAAUCCGAUGUGAUCAUUAACAAGAGUGGCAAUCCAGAACCGUGGGAAACUGUCGAUCCUACCAAACCUCAGAAGCUAUUAACAAUCCAUCAGAAAUGGAAACCUAUAGAAGAGCUGGAAGAUGUCAAAAAACUCACGAAGUGACAAGUUUCUGUUGCCUCAAAAAGGUACCCUAUGAAUCUAGUGGAAUCACUUCUGCACAAACUUGACUACUGAAAUCAGUGUGCGGAAAUGCUUCUGCUACAUUUUUAGGGUCUCCCUACAUUUUUUGGACUCUGGAUGAGGAGUUUCAUGUUGCCUUAGAAGCUGGCAUACAACAUCCACACAGUCCAAAAAUCUCAAAUACUUAUUUUCAGUAGUCAUUUUAUGUCAGAUGUUAAAUAUUCAGAUGGAAAUUAUAGAUGGAAAAAGCCUUCAUGCUUUUUUGUAGAAUUUUGCUUUUCUCAAAAUAUAUUUUCUAAUUUUAUAUACUUUUAAUAAAAUAUAUAUUAAAUUUUUACAACAUUCCACGUAAAUUCCAUAAAUGGAAAUUACCCGAAAGCCCUUCUGAAUUGGGAUUCCUGGUCUGCUCCCUUUCUAUGCUGUAUUUCAAUGCACUAUACAGACCACACAGUCAUCAUAGCCAGAGGAUGUAUGGCAACAUAUGUGGUCAUAAAGUAUAUUUGCAUUUGUUUUCUAUGUUAGAUGUGAUGACAAUUUAAGUCAAAACUAAUGUUCUGCUGAUAGAAGUAAAACUUACACAUGCAUUCACCUCAACCCACCGAGUCCCAUAGGUUAUUUAAGAGUAGAUUUGAGACUGCAGGAUUGGAACAUAAGAAUUAAGCAGGGCUAAAAGGGAAUUGGAAAUGAGAUAACUUCUGUUGUAUUUAAAUAUUGUUCGUGUUUAAAUUUAGAAGAAGUUACUAGAAUUAGGAAACUUACAUUAUCCAAAACUAAUUACAUAAUUUUUUUCUUUUUAUGCAAGGUAGUUCACGUGCAAGCUCAAAUGGACUGUGCAGUUAAAAAUAUUUUUAAACAUUUCUAGAUACGUGCUAUUAGGGACAUCUGCUUGAGCAAAGAGAAAAUAACAGAUUAAAAUUAGGAAUGACUGUGAAGAGACAAUUCCUCUUUAAGCAUCUGUGUAUUUUCUUAUGAGUUGGCCAGGGAAAGAAUGUAAUGGGCAGACCCCCAGUAAAUUAAUCAGGUAAUAUAUGCAUCCGAUGGUAGAAUGGUCUUUUGUAGAUAUUUUCUGUAUGUGGCCCCUUCCAAGCAGUUUCACAAUGUAUAAUACAGUUUCUUUUACAACAGAUGUUCAGAAUGCAUAUUACUUUCUGUGAGGAAGAAAGCAAAAGUGAAACUGCUAAAGUUGCAACUGAAAUUGCAAAAAGUCCCCGUAAGUAAGUAAUAGUGAAGUGCUUUGGGUUACUCUGCUGCAGCUAAGACAAAACUGAAGUUAGUAAAGCUGUCUCCCAAAUUUUAAGGUAGCUUGGCUUCAGAAGCUUAAUGUUUUCUUCAGAUUUAUUGAUGCUGAGAAAAAAAAAAAAGUUAAAAUGUUACUUUAUUCCAUAUGUGUGUGCAGAUGCAGCAUAAAUAUUUAUCAAGUAAGGAUGACUCAGCAGCAUUUCUGUUUGAGAGAACUAUUACAAGAUUUCAGAAUACAUUCUUAGCUCUCAUUUUAAGGUAUGACAUUAAAAGAUUAUUUGAUAGCAUAUAACCACAAAAAUCCACUGCUCUGAGGAAUACAAGUUUUAAAUAUUUUAACAGAAAAAUAUUUAAAAAUAUUUUCUGUAAGUUACUCUGUAUUUCCAUAUUUUUACUGGACUGUAUCAAACAAAAAAAACAAGUGCUGUGUUCUGAGUUGAUGCAUGAAUUAAAUUAGUUUGUUCUUCAAUAAAUCACUUGUAUGGUCUUUAAAUACUAUGACCUAAGUAUCUGUCAACAUUAGGGAAAUAAGUGUAAGUAAUUUUUAUGUAAUUUUUGUACUUUACUUUUCAGUGGUGUCUUUCAGUAGCAUAUUACACAAUGUGACUGCCAUCAGUCACAGGUUGUUGCUUCUCUCAUCCUGUGCUGCAGCAUAAUAGCAAAGGUAAUAGAAUGUUUUGCUUUGUUAGCUGAUCUUUUUGUUUAAUAUAGAUUUGUGGGGAGGGUAUUCAUAUAAUGUGAGAAAUCAAAUUAUUUUUCUGCACUUCAAAAAGAUUAUGAGUAAUGUUAAAGUUUUGGUAGUUCUUUGUGUUCUCAGACUGUUGUCUCCUGCACAGAUGAGGUUUUUUCCUCUAAGUAGAGCACACCAAGAGCAAUUACUGUAUCUCCCCCACAACUACUCUACACAAAUCUAUAAAACAAUAUACAAAUUAUUUCCUUGUUCUACAGACAUCAGAGUUAAGACAGUAAAGAUUUGAUUGGCUGAAUUUUAUGAGAACAGUCAGACUUCCAUGUCCUGUGUUAUGUAAACCCAUGGCUUUUUAUUCCAUGGACAAUUUAGAGGCUGUUGAAAUAAAUUUAACAAUGUU